AUGCAAUCUUACGGUACUUAUAUUGCAAACUCAACUUCUUUCGAUAAUGGAACUGCUACCACUACCAGUGAUAUUACUGCAAGCUCAUCAUCGAUCCAGUUUUCAUUAACUGAGGAAGAAGCAACCCCUUCUGCUACCUCCUCAGAAGCUUCAAGUAUUCCAAAUUCUCCUGUAUCAACUACUUCUUCAACUUUGGCAUCGCAGGCUACCGGUGAUGCUAAGACGGGCAGAGGAACUUUCUACGAGGUUGGAAAUGAUAAUUGCGGGACUUCUUCAACCGAUGAAGAUCUUGUUUGUGCUAUCGCCAAAUCAUUGUACGAUAGUAGUGCAAGUUCCGAUUCUAUCUCAACUUAUUGUGGUGAAUAUAUUACCGCCAACUAUGAUGGAAAGUCUGUUCGUGUUAAAGUCGUGGAUUCUUGUGAAUCUUGUGCUGAAACGGAUUUGGACUUUUCACCAUCGGCUUUCCAGCAAUUGGCAGAUUUAGAUAUCGGCGUUAUUGAAAUUACUUGGAACUGGGAUUAA